CUUAACAAUGGUAAGCACAUGAAUUAAAUCCCAGUUUAAACACAAUUCUAGUCAUAUGGGGGAGUCUGGUGGGGGUCAGAGAAGUAUUGAUUGUUAUACAUGUAUGAAUAUUGAGCAUUCCUAAUGUAUGAAUGGUUUGGCUGGAAAAACGUAGCCAAGCCUACUAUACAAUUCAGUGUCCUCCUCUGUAUUGAGCAUCCUCUUCUGUAUCCAGCGUCCUCUAUAUCAGCAGCUCCUCUGCAUCAGCCUCCUCUGCAUCAGUGCGGUUGUCCUCUGUACUAUCAGCAACAACUUGUAUUACAAUAUCCUCGGGGUCCUGUGAAUACAAGCAAAAAGUGAGCAAACUCAAUGAUUAGGUACUAAAUAAUCAGCAAGACUCCUCAGCACCUUGUUUGCUGCUCUAGUAAUCAAACUUCAGACUCAGUCUCAGUUUGAUUACUGGUGGCACCAGUAAGAAGAAUCUAGUAGUAACUUUGGCCUCCGUCUUGGUCUCAGUCUCAAGCUAACACUCUUAACCUCUAAUACGACCUCAACCUUGCUUGUCCUCAAUCAGAUUAUUUUGUGUAAUCUGUAUGUAUUCUGAUCACCUGAAGUGAGAGAAGGAAAUCAUGUGCAGUUUUGCUUUGUGUUCAACUGCACGUAAUUUCCUUCUCUCACUAGAGCUUAUCCAGCAGAAUAAAGAUCAGAAUACAUACUGUACUGAUUAAAUGUAUGGCAUGAGAGUAGCUUGCCAAUCAUUACACACUUUUGAUACAGUUCUAGAAUAGUAUGGUACCGUACAGUACUGUACCAGUUAUUUCAAUAUAAAAUUGUACAGCCAAAAUUAACACGCAAUUUUUGGCCUCCCACUAGUGUACUUUUGGCUGACCAGUUCUAAGCCACCAGAGCAUCCUUAAGGUUCCCAAUGACAUGGAUCUCUAAGUAAUUAUAUCAAAUUGUUGGACUGGGCGCUUAGUCUGGUGGUGAUCUAGAGUUGUUUUUUGAUAGAGUUCUGGCCUAUUUUCUAACCAGCAGCUGGUCUCAGAAACUAGCAAAAUUUGGCCACACCGGCUGUUAAUGGAGAACUGGCUCCCCCUAGCCUCUAAUUGUGUAACAAUGACACACGGCACCUUCUUAACACAAUGACGGAGGAGCAUAUCCCCAAAGGGGAUCUCAUUAGAGGCCUUUCCGAAGCUGUUGUGUUUAGCUUAUUUUAGCUUAUUGAGCUGUUUGUGGUAAAAAAGUGACAAAAAACUAGUAGAUCUAUGUAGGAUCAGUACUAAAAUUCUUGGAUUCAAAAUUAACCCUGAUUUUACUAGUACUUCCUCCGGUCCAGAGAGUGUGUCAUUGUGCCCCUGUUUUACUGGUCMUGUAUAUGUGUCUCCAACUUUAAUUAACAGUUUUUAAGGUUUUUGGCAGUUGGAUUCCACAAAUGACCGUGGAAUGACUGUGUAGAAUAAGUAGUAGAUACUAUAUAUGGGCAUGCACGUAAAUAAAAAUUAUUAUUGUUGCACAUGAAAUUGAACAGUCUGUUAACACGUGAAACAAUAUAGUAGUGCUCUGUUAACACGUGAAACAAUAUAGUGACAAUGGUACAGUGCAGCUCUUUUAAAUGCAAAUGACCUAUAUAAGAAAGCAAGUCAUACUAUUAUGAAGUAUGGCCUCAUAAAUUGUCUACUCUUACUAGUAGCUACUAUUUUGUGCAAGUGGUGGCAUAUCAAAAUGACUGUUACUAGAACCCUUUCAACGGGAAAAAUGAAAUAUAUACUACUCCUACUAGUAGUACUAGUGUUAGAAGUGCUCUGUUUGAAGGCUUAUUCCAAUCUCUUUAACAGCUCAACUCUUAUGCACAUUAAAAUACAAUGGGAUAAGAUCAGUAUGACAAAAAAAAAUCCAAAUCGCCCUAUUAUUUUGUUUAUUUCAGUAUUAGUAAACGUGCAAACUGUACACACUUUGUGGACCGGAGGAAGUAAUAAUUUUUAGUGUCAGAGUAGAAUGCCCUUUUGCCCUGUAGGGCGUGGUAGGAUUCAACGGUUGACGCAUUUUACUUCGAAAUACUGUAACUGGUAGAAGUAGUACUUGUACUUCAACUCAAAACACUACUCUUUCCUCCUCAUUUCAUUCGUGGCACUAUUCUUGUACUUGUAUCUUAAUUUCGAAAAAAUAGAGGACGACAAACGAGGCGGCGGAAUCACCAUUUUAUCGCAUCGACGAGAGCAAAGAGCGCAAGUGCCAUGUCAUCUGGAACUUUAUCUCGCGAUGGUUCUGCCGAAUCGAGCGCUUCAACUACCGCACCUAGGCGUCGACGAAAACGCCCGCUUACCAAUACCAACACCGACAAACUCUGCCAAAAUGGCUCGGUUCUGAGCAAAUGGAUAUAUCGAUUCAACUUGUGGACGGGUCUGUACAUGCUGAAUCCGUACGAGAGAUUCGUGUUCCACUUGGUUGGUUGGUUCUCGUUCACCGUUUCGUUGCUUUAUGUCUACGUCUUCUGGAAGGGCUUCAUCGAGGGUUUUCGGCACAGUACAUGAACCGAGCAGUACGCGGAGCGGUCGUAAGGACAGAGCGCUCUCAAAUCUCCUGCGAGAUGGAAUCCGGGGCGAACAAUUGUGCACGAUGGGAAAAGAUCAAAGGAUGCUUGCAAUGCUAUACACGCGUUCGAUUUAGGCUAGACGCGAAUAGUACUUUCUUCUCGAAGAAUGGAUCUAUUGCAAGCCGGACCAUCCGGGGUUUCUAAUGCUAAAUUGACUUUGUACCACUCAAAGCGCAAAGCGAAAAAAUGUUACAAACCUUUUUUUAAACUAUUUUGAAACCAUUCGAUGUAGCAUCCACUCUGCAGGAGAAAAAUGAAUUGUUUGGGGAUGCCUAACGUGUGGAACAAAGUAACUUGAAGCGGUGUUUCGUUGUCACAUUCCAUGGAAUUGCCCACCCUCCUGCCUUUUGUCUCCGUUGCCGAUAACAAGAUUCUUUUGGCAAGUCCAUGUGAAGCCGAGUAAAAUACAGCGCGUAUAUCCUAGGUCGUUCCCUGCCAACCCACGGAUGUCCUGGUUUGCGCUAAUUGCGAUGACUGUGAUUCUGUUUUGUGUUGCUGUGGCAUCAAUGAAAACAACAAAUACAUUAUGCUUGGGAACAACGUAGAUGUAUGCCUGUGCGGUUUGUAUCAAUGGCAAUUAAGUAUAGUAUUGAAUACAAUUCAUUGAUUGAGUCGGGAUACCGCAGCAUUCGUAACUUUGGGCGUGGUUUUCAACUACUCUACUAGCGAGAAAGACAUGAUUCACCAUCCCUAUCUUCGUAAUGUACCUUCUAACAUUAAAUUAUACUCCGAAGUUCUUGGUCGCUCGAAAGUAGUACGAUGUUCACUAAACCCUGCACACAUACGAACUACUCUGUGUGACAUACCGCACCCAGCGAUAGGGCGUGUAUCCGACCAUGUUUUCGGCAAUUCGCAAGUAUCGCACUUGCAGCUGUGAAACGUUGAACAUCGGGAUUUCAAAGUUCAUGUUGAUCGGACCAAUCUCUCGCCGGAUCUGCGUGGUGCAGGGUUGAGACAGCGUGACCUUCGCUCGCAUCGUUUGUUCGCUGCCUCCCGGUAUUUUCUUGAGCGUCCAGAGGAUCUUUCCAUCCGCCCGAACGAAUUCGGCGUUCGUGUGUCCGGUGCCCGGGCUGGCAAUGACUACACAAGAGGCCACUGCUGUGCAUUUCGGUAAAGGAAUUUCAACCGUCACGUUUGCACCAAAAUGGUUGGCCGGCAUGUCUGCUCGAACCAAGACCGUGAUUUCCAGCUUUUUUGGUUCCACUUCUUCGAUGGAAGGGAUGAUUCGGAACGGUGUGGUAAAAUCUCCAGUUACUCUGUAAUUCAAAACGACGAACUCGCCGUCGGGAGGGACAAAGGAAAGCGUGCGGGCACUCUCGAAUUCGGAUAGGUUGACAAUCUCAUUGAAAUUGAUAUCAUCUACCGUAGGAGCUCCGUAAUGCGAAUUGUUCUUUCCAAUAGCCAAAUCUUCGUUGAGAGCCAGUCUGAGUUGGGGACUCCCGGCUAGGUAAGAUUUCAUCUGAAUACAGCCGUCGAUGGUGCUGUUGAGAACGUACCCAUUCGCAGAAAACAGGACGUUCAAUCUUUCUAAAAUAUCUACAAAAAUUUCGUUCUUUUGUUGGCUGGCUGAUUCCGUCUUUCUGCCGUUCGCAUUGACCGCCGAAAUAACUGGUUUGUGCACGGCGCUCGCCGACGCCGUUUUCGGAUUGACCAUCUUCGAUGUGCUACUGACCGGAUCGAUGAGAAUAGCUUCGUUGUACACGCAAGAUUUGAGGUUUAGAGUGCGCGUGACCUGUGGAUAUCCGUAAUCUAGCAUUUCGUCUAAAAGUUCAUACAGCAAAAUGAAAUUCUUUCGUAUCCCUUCUUCCGACAGGGUGCCGCAAUAAUCCUUGAAGACCCGG